AUGUUGCUUUCAGCCAAGUUCUAUAUUAUCAUAGGUAUUAUAAUAGUAUUGACUGUAGUUUUUGAUCAUGCUGAUGAUAGUUUGGCCAAAAAAGAUAUGGAACAAAAAAUACUUCAAUCGUUGUCACCUCAAUGCUUUCAACAUUUAUUGAAAAUCAGCGCUAAUCAAAAUUCCAGUCUUACCUCAUUAAAUGCGUUGGACGCAUUUUAUCCUUCAUUUGGACAUGGCAAAUCUAAUGAAUUUAUGACAGAUAGCAGAUUUAUGUAUCGAAUGUUGCUUUGUUUCAAAUUAGCCGGUGAGGAAAGAUUUUUAGUUUCCAAAUAUCCGACAACAUUUUGUUAUCGUUAUGAUCCAAAACAAUAUCGAUCUAUUGCACAUACUAUUUGCAUUCCAAAAUCUUGCUUAAAUGAACAAUAUCAGUUUUGGGAUAUCUAUGAGAAAGCAUCCGGUAUUGGAUUACCAAAAAAUCAUACCACAUCUUUGAUAUGUAUUCAUUCACGCCGUUCAUUACAAUGGUACAAUAAACCAUUACCUGUUAUCAUCAUUUCUUUCAAUAUACUGUUAUGGUUGAUUGCUUCAUUUUCAACUAUUUAUCAUAUUUUAAGUGGUCCUGGAACAAAAACAAUAAAAGAGCAAAUUUUUCUUGCCUUAUCAUUGAAGCAAAAUAUUUGUAUGUUAUUUAAAAUGCCUAAAAAUCAUUCAAAAAUGAUAACGUGUAUGUUUGGAAUACGAUUCUUAACAAUGAUUUGGAUUGUUAUUGGUCAUAUGUUUGCUUUUGUUGCUCCAUAUAUUAAUAAUGUUGACGAGUAUUAUCAUGAUAUCGCUGAUAAUUUUGGUAAUCAAUGGCUUGCAAAUUUUCUUCUUUCUGUUGAUGUAUUUUUGGUACUUGGCGGAACAGUAAAUGCAUACGGGUUUUUUCAAAAUUACGAAGGAAUGGCAAUAAAACCAACAUGGAAAUCUUCAAAAUUUUGGUUAAAUUUCUAUGUGCAUCGAAUUAUUCGUUUAUGGCCAGCUUAUUGUUAUACUAUAAUAUUCUUAUAUUUCCUUACCAGUUCGCAUUAUGAAGAUUUAUGGCCUGAAAUUGAUUAUACUACACAGUGUUCCAAAUAUUGGUGGCAAAAUUUGUUACUCAUAGGCAGUUUAUUUGAACAUCGUUGUAUGGGAUGGGCAUGGUAUAUAAGUACUGAAUUUAUCUUUUACCUCUUAUCUCCCAUAUUUCUACUAACGCUUAGUCAAAAUCAGAAGCGAGGUUAUCUGUUAUCCAUUCUUUGCAUCUUCUUAUCAGAUGCAGGCCGAGCUUUUGUAAUGAUUGCGUACAAUAUGCCACCAACACAACUUGGCUGGAACAGACCUCCUAUCUAUAAUUCCAAUUUUAUGGAGCAAUUCAUUGUGAUGUAUAUCAAACCUCAAUAUCGUGCAGCACCAUAUAUUAUUGGUCUAUUACUUGGCCAUCAUUUGGCUAAAAUUCAAGCCAGAAAAGUUGACAAUAAACAACAUUCAGCUAUUUUUAUUACCUGUGGUUGGAUUUCGGCAAUUUUUCUUGCUUUUAUUAGUAUAUACGGUCUUUAUCCAAUUUUAAUCAAUUUAAAUUGGAAGCUUUAUUAUCUAAUUUAUGGAGCUUUUCAUCGUACAACAUUUGCCAUUGCAAUUGCUUGGCUAAUUUAUGCUUGUCAUACUGGAUAUGGCAGUUUUAUUAAUGCAAUUCUUAGUUUUAAAUUAUUUUUACCACUCUCUAUGUUAUGCUAUUCGGUUUAUCUCAUUCAUUUGGUCGUGAUAUUUGCAUCUUAUAUGUCUAUAACUUUUCCUUAUGAUUAUAAAACCAAAUCGCAAUUUUUGAAUACUGCUCUAAUUAAUUUAUUCUUUGCUUAUUUGCUUGGUUUUCAAGCUUCAAUGCUUUCCGAAUUUCCAUUCUUAAAUAUAGAACGCUCUAUACGAAAUUAUUAUAAGGAAAAAUUACGAGUAAGGACAGGAAACUAA